AACUGGCCUCCACCUUUCUCUAACUGUCAGUCAGCAGAGUGGCACCCGGCCGGAAGCCUUGGAGUAGAGCUGCAGAUUUUAAAACGAUCGGAAUCAACGUUUCGCAUUUCUGCAGGACGAAUAUUUUCUAUUUUGGAGCAAAUGCAUAUUUGUCAAAGUUGUCAUCUUUCGGGGGACAGCAGAAGUGUGCAAAAUAGUAGUGGACGGCGUUGGUAGGCUCUCCAUUGGGGCGCUCAGGCAGCCAGAAAUGCGGGGUAUUUUAUACCUUGCUUUUUAAAUUGAUCAGCCAGUUAUAUGAAAUCAGAUCUUUUUAGAAACGUUACGUUUUUUGACGACCUUUCGUCUUGAAGAUGGCCUUUGCUGUACCAGUGCAUGUAUAUUUGUAGAUGCAGCUUGAUCUCGGGUUUGAAGGAAAGGGGUGAUUGUGGUGAUUGAAGAAGAGGUGGUAGUGGCUGGCUAGCUAAGCUAGCUAGGGUUCCGUCAUUGACAAGCUAAAACGGGGUUUUGGGCUAUCGCUCGCUAGCUAUGAGUGUUUGAAAAACAGCAGGCUAGCUAGCUAAAGUAGCCUCGAUCCUGGCAGGAUGUGGAGAAGAAUACGCGUAUAGCUAGCUAGCUUGCUAAUGAUAUAGAACGAGCAAGGAUAGCCUUUAGCUAGCCAAUUUAGUCAGCUUGUCGGGUAGCAGUAGUCCAGCAACGUUUCUUUUUCGAUUAGCGAGAUAUCGCUAGCUCCAGUUAGCUAGCCCAUAAACAUCGUUGUAUAUCUAGCUUGCGGUGGCUAACCGUGUUAACUGCAGUUUGAUAGAGAGGCGCAUGAUAGCCAGCUAACGUUAGCAAACUAGCGUAGGCUAACAGCUCUUUUUUACAGCAAGACGAACUGUCAGUUACCCGUUCAUUCAAAUUCACUUAGCCAGCAAGCUAAAAAUAUUAGACUAAACAUGGCUACUCCUGGCAGCAUCGCGCAGUCCAUUGCAAGUAAAACGAAGACGAAGAAGAAACACUUCGUGGCUCAGAAAGUGAAGCUAUUUCGUGCCAGCGACCCUCUGCUCAGUGUCCUUAUGUGGGGAGUUAAUCACUCGAUUAAUGAACUGAGCCACAUUCAGAUCCCCAUCAUGCUAAUGCCUGAUGACUUUAAAGCCUACUCCAAGAUCAAGGUGGACAACCACCUCUUCAACAAGGAGAACAUGCCAAGCCAUUUUAAGUUUAAGGAGUACUGUCCUCUUGUCUUCAGGAAUCUAAGGGAAAGGUUUUCCAUCGAUGACCAGGAUUUUCAGAACUCCCUCACGCGCAGCGCGCCCAUCCCCAGCGAGGCCCAGGGUCGCAGCGGAGCGCGCUUCCACACCUCCUACGACAAGAGGUACCUCAUCAAGAUCAUCACCAGCGAGGACGUGGCCGAGAUGCACAACAUCCUGAAGAAGUACCACCAGUACAUCGUGGAGUGCCAUGGAAACACGCUGCUGCCCCAGUUCCUGGGUAUGUACCGCCUCACGGUGGACGGUGACGAAACUUACAUGAUCGUCACACGCAACGUCUUCAGCCACCGUCUGUCCGUCUACAAGAAGUACGACCUGAAGGGUUCUACAGUGGCCAGGGAGGCAAGUGACAAGGAGAAGCAGCCACGCCCCCCUGAGGAGGCCCCGCCCCACAAAUCGCGAUUGAGCCAAAAGCUUCAAACAAUCAGGAUCGCCACACGUUUUUACUGUGCCAUCAAACAUACCAAGGAACUCCCAACGUACAAAGACAAUGACUUCAUCAACGACGGUCAGAAGAUCUACAUUGAUGAAGACAACAAGAAGAUUUUCCUGGAAAAACUGAGGAAGGAUGUGGAGCUGCUAGCCCAGCUGAAGCUGAUGGACUACAGCCUGCUGGUGGGCAUCCACGACGUGGAGCGGGCGGAGCAGGAGGAGGUGGAGAGCGAGGACAACGAAGGGGAGGACGAGGGGGAGAGUGACGGGGGCGUGGCAGGGAGCCCCCCAGACAGCCCCAGCAACACGCUGGACAGCACCAAGCCUCUGGGGCCCGGGGAGUUCGACCCCAUCAUCGACGUUUACGCCAUCAAGAGCCAUGACAGUGCCCCCAGGAAAGAGGUGUACUUCAUGGCAGUCAUAGACAUCCUGACGCACUACGACGCAAAGAAGAAGGCGGCCCACGCAGCCAAGACCGUGAAGCACGGGGCAGGGGCAGAGAUCUCCACGGUGAACCCCGAGCAGUACUCCAAGAGGUUCUACGACUUCAUCACCACCAUCCUGUCAUAGCCUGGGCCUGGGUGAGGAGGGGGGGCGGGGCUGCAGCAGGGCGGAGUUGGGGAGAAGGGAGGGCCCGAGCUAGAGGGUGGCGGGAAAGCGUGCACAGGAUCCACCCCGACGGGCCCCCUCCCCCAGCUGCUGCCGCCGCCGCCGUUUGUUUACAUUAGUUUUUUCUUUCAUUUGAUUGGUUCAACCUGUGGAACCGCGUGGAUGACAAAAAGGAGAAAAAAAAUGUAUAUAAAGAUGCUCAUAUGUGGGAAUUUUGUUCAGCUUUCCUUGCAUCCCAAUGUGUGUUUUCUCCUCCCCUGCUGGCUUUCUUAAACCUUGCCGUCUGGUUUUUUUUUUUUUCGAUGGUCUUUUUCGAUGGAAGAUAAAAUAAUGUGUGCUAGAGAGAGGAAAGUAGCCGCGGGGAAACAUUUGUCAUGUUCUCGGAAGGGGUGACAGCACCAGAGACGUCACUCUUUGAAACGAACACUCGGUACCCCGGUAACAGACUUUGUUCUAGUGGAUGCUGGCCAAGGUGAACCAGGUCAUUUCCCAAAGGAUAGACGCACUGCACAGCUAUUUGCCACACAGAUGGAGGAACAGGAAGUUCGGCCCUCAGCCUCGUCGAUGACACCUGGGGGAGGGGGGGGGGGCAGUCUUCCAUUAUCUGGCAGGACUCCACGUGACUUCGACAUGACGCCUGCUUCAGUCAUCGCUUCCUGUGACUCCUCCGCGCCGAGGACACCGCCAUCACCGUCGGCAACCACGGCGAUCGAGCCCCGCCGCCAUCAUCUGCGCUCCUGUUACAAAACAAUCCUUCGCUUUCUUCCUUUCUCUUCUUUUCCCGUUCACCAGAAAGUACAAAAAUAACACGUCGCUGUCGUUGAUGUCUUGCUGUCUGUAUACUUAAAAACUCUCCUUGUUUUUUGGAAUGCUACUGCCUUCAGAUGGAGAUCUAGUCCUGUUGCCACUAGCUAAGAAACCCAGAUAACCGCUCUGGCUUACCACUCACUUAUUUCCUACGUAUGCUUUGUGUUGUGAUUUUAAUAUACCUGCAGAAGUUGAGGAGGUGUGGGUCUUUGUGAUGAACAUUUUAGGUUUCUGGAUCAUAACCCUUCAAACAUAAACUUUUUCAUUUGGAUUGUUUAAGUCAGCAUUUGGUUGUGAGCUUAAAUUUUUAUUUUUGGGUCAUGUACUAAAAAAUGUUGAAUUGACUCCAAAUUGAUUUAAGGGUCAAAAUAAGCUGUAUAUUUUGCACAUGAUAAAAAUGCACCAGAUCAUUUCUGCAUAUGAUCCUAGGUCACUAUGAUCUUUACAAGGGAAAUACAAUACCGGCUCCAAGUUAAGGUUAAAUGUAUUAUAAUAGUAUAGUUUUCAAGCAACAGGUAUAGAACCUUUAAAACUACACAUCGUCCACUUGACUGUUGACUACCAUCUCAUUCUAACCCUUGCAAAAAGUUACAUUUCUUUUUUUUUCUUUUUUUUUUGUUAUAUAGUUUAUAUAUAAACUUAUAUUUUUUACAUUCCAUUUUAAUCAAAAUGUUAUAUUUGCUGGUAUUUUAAGUCCCACCCAACCUGUGGGAAAGUGUUCUGCAGGAUGAAGGAUGUUACUGUUUGAAUCUGUAUAAAGUUUAAGUGCUUUGAAAAGGAGCACGUUGCCUAAAACUAUAUCCUAUGUUUUUGUUGCUGUUGUUUGUUUGGUUCCAGAAACCCACAGUAUUAUGUUAUACUGAUAUAGUCAUGUACAUGUUUUUUUUUUUCUCCAUGAUAGUUAAAGUAAAAUAAGCCUAAAUAUGCUUUAUACUGUGUUUUCAGUGUAUACACUGUGCGAGAGGUGUGCCUUUUUAUUCAAAAUUAUUUAAUUUUGUAUUUUAAAUCUUUUUUUUUUUUUUAAAGCAAACAUAAAAAACGUUUUUCAAAAAUUGGGAUGUUAUUUCAAAUCCUGCGGUUAUUUCACCAUUUAUGUGUAAGUGUAUAGGCAUAUACAUCUGUGAUGUCAGAUUAUUUGCGGCAUAUUAGGAAUGAUAAGAAACCAAUAACCAUCUAUCACUGGAGGGGUGACUAGGAAAACAUGCACAGCUUCGGUUCUACUGAAACAGGUGUGUGCAUUGUGUCAGUUCAUUUCGUAUGGUGUCAGGUGUGCCUGUUCAAUCUCUGUAUGUUCCUGCCUCCCAGUUUGUUUGUAGAAAUCUGAGUGUUACCCUUUGCGUCUCCUUUACCAGUUGGUUACUGUUGGAUGUUUUCAUACGUUUUCACCAUCAGCAUACCGUACGCUAAAGAAGAAUGGGACUGGUCUUUAUCCGUAACCCCGGAUCAUCUGACACUUUUUCCAGAUUUCUUGCCAGUUGGCAGGACAAAUAUUUGAUAGGGAAUCGGAAUCACCAACUAAGGGGACUACGGGGUGUACGCACGAGGGCAACUUACCAAGUCCUGGAAGGAAUAGCCCGCCGCUUUCGUUCCAAGUAGCCAAUUUAAACAAAUAAUAAUAAUUAUGUUUCUGACGAGAUUUUAUUUUUUUCAUCGCAACUUUGAAUCCGUUGCGAACCGUCAGCGCACGGCCAGAACCACCGUCCCGCCCCGGAAGUCUGUUGUGUUUCCUCUCACCUUUUUUUGCCAAAAGCGGAAUAGUUAAAGAGCUCACGUGCGCAGUUGAUAGGUUCCGUCGCGACCACCUGACUGAAUAUAAAGGAGUCACGCUAUGUCCUUGGAGCAUUCUAACUGCAGGAUUUCGUUUUACAUUUCCCCUUUAUUUCGUUUAUUGUCAUUUCCUAACCCUUUAUAAAGACUGCCAUUAUUUUCUAAUUUUACGUGACUUAAAAAAGACCAUUAAAUGUUUUCAUUAAAGUAUGACAGUAUCCUCUCAUGUGGCUGAUGUGUUGUAUUUUAAAUUUUAAGGACGAUGAUGACAAUAAUAAUGAUCCGUUUAAUACUGACAACAGAAAUAAUAAUCCUCACAAACCAUUGUCUGCAAGUCCUCGUUAUUGUGAAUAAACUCUUGAGAGUGAAGGCUGCCUCUUAUUGUAUGCUGUAAUAAAGUUAACACACUCCAUUCCGUAUGCAUUUGUUCAAUAAACAAACACUCUGUUUGCUCAA